GAGCGCUCAGAAGAAAAGGAGGAAGCGGAGUGUGAUCAGCGCAGCGGCAGCCAGUCUAAUCAACGGCAGGACAAGAUAACCAAAACCCAAACAAACUACCGAAAACUAACCAUCAGCUGAUCGCGACACCACAAGUCCGAACUCCUCUACUCGGAACAACACACGAUUUUGCCACCUCAGAACCCCUUUUUUCGACACCAACAACUUCCGUUGGUUAGUUAAAGUAAAAAUAAAGACAGCUGCACGGAGAAUGGCAGACUCGGCGGCCAACAGCGACGGGGAGGAUGGACCCCGCCAGCCCAUGCGGGGCUUCGCGCGCCAGGGUGCCCUCCGCCAGAAGAACGUGCACGAGGUGAAGGACCACAAAUUCAUCGCGCGCUUCUUCAAGCAGCCCACCUUCUGCAGCCACUGCACCGACUUCAUCUGGGGUUUUGGCAAGCAGGGAUUCCAGUGUCAGGUGUGUUGUUUCGUGGUCCACAAACGUUGCCAUGAGUUUGUCACUUUCUCCUGUCCAGGAGCUGAUAAAGGACCUGCAUCAGAUGAUCCGAGGGCAAAGCAUAAGUUUAAGAUCCACACCUACUCCAGCCCGACCUUCUGUGACCACUGUGGCUCUCUGCUCUACGGCCUCAUACACCAGGGCAUGAGAUGUGACCAUUGUAUGAUGAACAUCCAUAAGCGCUGUGUGGCCAACGUGCCGAGCCUGUGUGGGACAGACCACACUGAGAGGAGAGGUCGCCUGCAGAUCACCGCUGAGGUCAAGACUAAUGUACUCACUGUUACCAUCAAAGAGGGUAGGAAUCUGGUUCCCAUGGACCCGAACGGUCUCUCAGACCCCUACGUGAAGCUUAAACUGAUUCCAGAUCCCCGCAGCGAGAGCAAACAGAAGACCAAAACCAUAAAGUGCUGCCUCAACCCCACCUGGAAUGAGACCUUUAAAUUCCACCUGAAGGAGUACGAUAAGGACCGCCGUCUGUCGGUGGAGAUAUGGGACUGGGAUCUGACCAGCCGCAACGACUUCAUGGGAUCACUGUCCUUUGGCAUCUCGGAGCUCCAGAAACAAGGAGUGGAUGGAUGGUUUAAGCUGCUCUCCCAGGAAGAAGGCGAGUACUUCAAUGUUCCCGUUCCUCCGGAGGGGGAGGAGGGCAACGAGGAGCUACGGCAGAAAUUUGAGAGAGCUAAGAUUGGUCCAGGCAAGAACACGGAAGGCAAAUCGGCCAAUGCUGCGUCCCGCUUCGACUCCAAUGGCAACCAAGACCGCAUGAAGCUGUCUGACUUCAACUUCCUGAUGGUGUUGGGAAAGGGCAGCUUUGGCAAGGUGAUGCUGGCGGAGCGUAAAGGGACAGAGGACCUGUACGCCAUAAAGAUCCUGAAGAAGGACGUGGUUAUCCAGGAUGAUGACGUGGAGUGCACCAUGGUGGAGAAGAGAGUGUUAGCGCUGGCUGGAAAGCCGCCGUUCUUAACACAACUGCACUCCACCUUCCAGACUAUGGACCGUUUGUAUUUUGUCAUGGAGUACAUAAACGGUGGAGAUCUCAUGUAUCAGAUUCAGCAGGUCGGCAAGUUCAAAGAGCCCCAUGCUGUAUUCUAUGCUGCAGAGAUAGCCAUUGGUCUGUUCUUCCUACAUCAAAAGGGCAUCAUCUACAGAGACCUGAAGCUGGACAAUGUGAUGCUGGACUGUGAGGGCCACAUUAAGAUAGCAGACUUUGGCAUGUGUAAAGAAAAUAUGAAUGAUGGAAUCACCACCAAGACCUUCUGUGGAACACCUGACUACAUAGCUCCUGAGAUCAUAGCCUACCAGCCUUAUGGCAAAUCUGUGGACUGGUGGGCCUUUGGAGUGUUGCUGUAUGAGAUGCUCGCUGGACAGCCUCCAUUUGAUGGUGAGGAUGAAGAUGAGUUAUUUCAGUCCAUCAUGGAGCAUCACGUCUCCUACCCCAAGUCAAUGUCCAAGGAGGCUGUCGCUGUUUGUAAAGGGCUGAUGACGAAGCAUCCAGCGAAACGGCUGGGCUGCGGUCCGGAGGGGGAGAGAGACAUCAGGGAUCACAGCUUCUUCCGCUACAUGGACUGGGAGAAACUGGAGAACAAGGAGGUCCAGCCGCCAUUCAAACCCAGAGCUUGCGGACGGGAGGCCGAGAACUUUGACCGUUUUUUCACACGCCACCCGCCGGUGCUGACCCCUCCCGAUGAGGAAGUGAUUCAGAACCUGGACCAGGACGAGUUCCAGGGAUUCUCCUUUAUCAACCCAGAGUUCCCAGGAACCUCUGCUAUCACCACUGCCGAUGAGCAGGCUUGAUUUCAGCUCAUGCACGGACACAUGGACACAUUCACGCAAACACACAAACACAAUCAUUUCUUCCUUGAAAUAUACACAUACACACUCACAAUUAUAUCAACUUCAAAUAUCACGGAAAUUGUUUGUGCUGUCACGGCCAUGACCUAAACAGAUCCGUAAACACAUACAUUUGUUGUUCACACUGUUGCGACCUGGGUGAUGCAUUGGUCUCCUCUGAGAGUCCAUGUGAAAUGGAUGUGAUUGAAUGUUGUGCACCUAUGAAAUUAAGAUGCAGACUGAGAAAUUAAGAUUAAGGGAAUAGUUUGACAAUUUAGAAAAUAUGCAAAUUCACUUUGAUACCAUUCUACAAAAUGAUUAGCAUAAAAACGUCGAUUUGACAUUUUACAUGGUGGUAUGGUUGCCUGGCAACUGUUCAGAGUAAAGAAAUAAUCCAGCACAUAAUUCCUGUUCUGUUUAGAUGAGCCACAUAUAUCAUGUUCAUUAUAGGCAGGACUUUCCCGUCUUUGUGCUAAGGUGAGUUAGCCGGCUGCUAACAGUGGCUUCAUAUUCAGCGUAUCAGUCCAGCAAAUAAAGAUAUUUCAGAAAAUGGCAAACUUUUCCUUUAAGAGAAUCAGAAUGCAUUUCGGCAGAUUCUGUAUUUUUCCAGGCCUCCAUCUGAUCAAAGCGUUACUACACGUUAGCAACAUAUGCCAGACAGUAUGCCAUAAACUUUCUACGACUGGUUUUAAGACGUUUACUGCUAAAAUUUAAUGUUGUAUAAUAUUGUGCAUAAAACUCAAUAACAUUUGAAGGGAAACAAUCAGAUUAUUACUUUACUUAUCAACCCGCGUUGCUCACAGUGUGAACAAAGUGUUUGUGUUGAUUUUACCAGAUGUAAUCGGCAUCAGUGUAAGGAAUUCAGUGACCUUUACACAUUCACAGUGAGGGACAAAACUGUUUGGAUAACAAGAGCACAACAGAGUAAUUAAACUGACUGACUGAACUACGGGAAAUUUACAACCUAAUUACAGAACAUGGUAAAUUUAUAUAGCGCUUUAUCGACCAGUCAAAGCGCUUUAUAAUGUACGUCUCCAUUCACACACAUUCAUGGCGCAGCGUCAGGAGCAGUUAGAGGUCCAGUGUCUCACUCGAGGACACUUCCCUCUCUGCGCUCGAUGGAGGAGCCAGGGAUCAAACCAGGACCUGUCCGAUUACUAGACGACCACUCUACCUCCUGAGCCACGCCGCCCCAGCAAACUAUUUGAUCUUCAAACAUUAAGAACAAUAGCCAUACUACUAUUACUACCAAAACUUGAGGUAGUAAGAGUCCACACAGAACUGUUGGUGUUCCUAUAAAAACAUAUAAAUACAUAAACAUGAUAUUGACGAGUUAUGAUUCCGCCAGCGCACACACACAAUACACAGCUGCAUAAUUUCACAUGUAACAUAGCUUCAGCUUGUGAUUUAACUUUUUCUCAUUCCUCGGCUGUUCCAGCACAUUUCAAGUUAGGCCUGGCCUGUUAUUCUGAUGUGCUUUUUAUUCAGUACAAUAAUAAUAAUAAUAGUAAUAAUAAUAAUGAUAAUAAUAAUAAUAAUAGUACUGUCUGUAUGUUUAAUCUUAUCUUAGCUAAAACUGGAAUGCUUGGCAUACUCUGCAUGAAUUUCUAUAUCAAUAAUGGCCAAGGACUUCGUCUCCCAACCACAUUUUAGCAUCUGAUCUCAGCACCUCUCUGCGGCCACUUUGUGGCUCUUUUUCAUAGUUUUCAAAGUAAGUAUGAAAAGAAAACAUUGGAGUAUUAUUUUACCCAAUUACAAGAACACCAAACAACAACAAGAUCAGAUUUGUGCCUCAAACGACAAACACAAAUAUCAAAUUUUUCUUUGUGUAUUUUGCUGAUGAUGAUGGUAAAGUGCUGUUGGGAAAUGUAGUCUUUAUAUGGGCUUUGAGUCAGUUAAAUAGAUAGAUAUAGAUAGAAUAGAAAAUACUACUUCUUACUCUGAUCUUCUCUUAUCUAGUAUUUAAGCAAUGAAAGAGACUAGCGGUUAGUUUCUAUGUGUUUUACAAAAGCAUGAUUCCGAUACGUGGGCGCCUGUUUACAGUGUGAGUGUGGGUAUGUGUGUGUGUGUGUGUGUGUGUGUGUGUGUGUGUGUGUGUUCACGUGUAUGUUUUUAACGUGUGCAAACAAGCACUGUGUGCGUUUGCAUUUGCGUGCGUUUGUGUGUCCAUACCUGCCUUCCCAGCCCAUUGCCUGGCCUUGUGUUUACAUUUGGUUUUGUGGUGAAUGUCCGCAACCCCCCCCGCCUUUAUAUCAAGCAGUAUUGGUAUGAUCCACUUUAUUUUCAACCAGCAGCUCCACAAGUGGGAGAAGAGAAAAGAGGAGAAAAGAAAGAGGAAAGGAGAGAAGAAGGUGUGUUUCUAUAGGGAUGUAUUGAAAUUAUAUUUCAGGAAAUGUCAGCAAGAGCUAAAUAAUUUUACAUUCCUAGCAACAACCAGUUCUAAAGCUCGUGUUUGAAUCAGCACUGAUGUUCAGUACCCUGGAAAGCACCACCUUAGUGCUCGGGAUGGUUUGCAGGUUAGCACUGGACCCAGUUCUGUUUCUGUUUUCAAAAUGUAGGUUAAAUACCUGAGCAUAUCAAAAAGUUCUCAGACCUGGGGAAAGUUUUCUAUGGUAGAAUAAAGGCCACCAGCUGGAACAGAUCAGCUGACCAAUAUAUCAUUCAGCCCUACUUUCCUGAUCUAGAUUUUCGGUGGAAAAGGAUUUGAGGCUCAACUCACUGUGACUGGUAUUUUUUUUUCCAAGUAGCCUUCAGCAUGCGCAAUCAGAAUGUCCAUCCUAACUACAGCAGCAGUAAAUGUUUACACGUUAAAGCUGAGCCUUCUGCAGCAGGAAGAUGUGUGUGUGUGUUUUGUCUUUUGUUUUCCCUAGCUAGCAAUAAUCUUGUUGACAAGAGGGAAGUGUCAGUACUGAAACAACUUUCAGAGGACUCAGGUUAAGACCGUAAUUGAUUUACAUACAAAGUCCAUGAGGUUCUGAAGUUCAUCUCAGCCAGAGAGAGAGCUGGCUGUACUUUGAGUGCAGCUAAUGUUGUCUGGGAGGUACCUGAAGUUCUUCCUCAUAUCACCCUCCUCUUCAUCACAGAGGGAUAUCAGGAGUGUGUGUUCACAUGAACAUUCAGGCUCACUGGUGUUUAUCAGUAGUGGUGGCAUGAAGUUUUCUACUUGUUUAUCAGCAGAUGAAGAAGUCAGUUUUGUUCAUUUUUUCUAGUACAGUAGGAAACAGAGGUCAUCAGGGGUCCAUUUGGUUCUCACCUGGGAUCAGAGUUGGACCGGAUCCUAAUUACACUCAGUCCAGUCAGCUCAGACUUUACUUCCACAGGUCUCAGAUCUGUGUCAGUGUGGAUCCAAAUUUACACUCAGGACUGAUCACAUGGAGAAAAUAUUCUAGAUAAUAAAUUUCUGCUAUUAAAUGACAAAUACUUUGUUGAAUUGGAUUCUCGAAUAUAAGAUUCUGUCUAUUUAUCACCCUGUUGGCUACAAAAUAUUGGAAGUAGUUUGGUUUCUAUAAAUUUGUCUUAGAAGCAUAUAAGCUAACCAUUUUUGAAAUGCGCUUCUAUGACUUUACAUUUGUUCUCAGGACAUUUUUAUUAUAUUUGCUGCUGCUUGUUAAUUGAUCACAUAUUAUCCUGCUGCCGGUGUCGGUGUUGUCUCCGUUUGGCUCGACUGUUUUUUGGAUGUUGGAUCAGGUCCAAUUAUCUUCCGGUCUAGUCGGGUCUGACAGCACUCGGGUCCCCUUCACAUCAGAUCUCUGUUUUUUAAAAUUGAAUUUAAGCACUUUGGUUUUGAGUAGAUUUACCACGGAUCCAGUUCAGAUCAGGUCUGUCAUUUUGGACCCUUGAAGACCUCUAGGAGGAAUGCGAUCAUAUAGUUAGUUAACUUGAUCAAAUGACAGUUAUCUGUGUAGUCUCCACUAGUAUGACUUCUCACAGGACAUUAUCACGAAGAUGAUAAUAGAAGAUAGUAAUAUAUCUAAUAUCUAAAGUAAAAAAGCAAUUAUUUCAAGAGAAUUAAAAAAAAAAAAAACAUUUCAGAUUUGUUUCAGAAGAUAAUUACAAUCACGUACAGCUGUGUGAUAGCUAUAGUUACAGUAGUAACCCCUGUGUUACUGUCUAAACUUUGUCUUACAGAGCACGUAGAAACAUUUCCAACAGGUGGUGAAAAAUGUGCAUCUACAAUUACAGGAAAAAAAAUUGAAAGAGACAAUAUUUGCAGGAUGCUAUUGAUUUUUGCUGUGGCCUCGUUACUGAAUAUUCUCACACGCAGGGAGAGUUAAUGGCUGGAACAAGUCAUAGCUAACAUGUGGAUAAGGUCGGUCCUGUCUGUGAUCUCUAAUCUUAAACUUAAGAACUGCUGAUCAGUUCAGCAGCUUUAGUGCUUUCACAUUUCAUUCACGGUUAUGAGUGUAGUAAAUGCAGCUGUUGCGUUUUAUGACUUGAUAACAUUAAGCUUAUCCCAUGUCCACCAUCUGUGUCGUACCUUCAAUGUUGGUAUUUAUUACAAUCAAUGUCCCCUGUAUUACAACAAUUAAAAAAGACCUAUAUAUACACCUAUACAUAAACAUAUAUAACUGUCUCAAUUGUUGAUAUAUACAUAUAAUAUACACCAUGUGGUCUGUAUUGUAAAGAACAAGAGGAAUAGAAGUCCUUCCUGCUGAAGGAGAAGCAAAGUGAAAUCUGCAUGAAAAAUGCUUUUGUUUUACCUUUUUGUUAGUUUGGAGUUGUAUACAUUUAACAUAUUAGGGUAAUUCAUGUUUUCUGUGUCAGCAGUGCUUCAAAAGUGUGAUCCAAGCUACUGCGCUAUGUGUGAAAAUAAUGAAAUAUAUCUAAAGAAAAAAAAAAAAGGAAAAAAUACUUCCCACAAUGCUUUCCAUGUGCCAAAUUUUUUUUGUUUGUUUUUGUUCUCCAGGAAAAACAGGCAUACCUAAAAUAAAGGAUUUAAAAGAUA